AUCAAUUUGCGUCGCAUCGUCACUUCCGCUCACGCUGUCUCCAGCUUGCAUCAUUUUUUGUCUCUCUCGUGCACCCGGUGGCGUACAACAUACACCAUGGUGGAGCGAGUCCCUGAGUCCAUCAACUUUCCCUCUGAGGAGGAGAAGAUCAUGACGUUCUGGAAAGAUAAGGACUGCUUCCAGGAAUGCCUCAAACAGUCCAAGAACCGGCCAAAGUACACCUUCUACGAUGGCCCUCCCUUUGCCACGGGUCUCCCUCACUACGGACACAUCCUGGCCGGCACCAUCAAGGACGUCGUUACUCGCUUCGCCCACCAGAGCGGCUUCCAUGUGGACCGGCGCUUCGGCUGGGACUGUCACGGCCUGCCUGUGGAGUAUGAGAUUGACAAGUCUUUGGGCAUCAAGGGGCCUGACGAUGUGGCCAAGAUGGGCAUCGCUGAGUACAACAAGCAGUGCAGAGGCAUUGUCAUGAGAUACUCCAACGAGUGGGAGACUGCAGUGAAGCGAAUGGGAAGGUGGAUUGACUUUGACAACGACUACAAGACUCUCUACCCAUGGUUCAUGGAGACCGUCUGGUGGGUGUUCAAACAGCUGUACGACAAGGGUAUGGUUUACCGAGGAGUCAAAGUCAUGCCUUUCUCCACUGCCUGCAACACCCCCCUGUCCAACUUCGAGUCCCACCAGAACUACAAGGACGUUCAGGACCCGUCGGUGAUCGUCAACUUCCCGUUGGUGGGGGAUGAGGAUGUGUCUUUGAUCGCCUGGACGACCACACCCUGGACCCUGCCCAGCAACCUGGCCCUCUGUGUCAACCCGGAGUUCUUCUACGUCAAGGUCAAAGAUAACGCCACAGAGAAGACCUACAUUUUGAUGGAAGCCAGGCUGGGAGCUCUGUUUAAGUCGGAGAGCGAGUACACUAUCCUGGACAAAUUCCAAGGCAAGACGCUGAAAGGGAAAAAAUACAAGCCUCUUUUCCCGUACUUUGCCAAGUGCGGAGAGCAAGGAGCGUUUCAGGUGGUGUUGGAUAACUACGUCAAGGAGGAAGAGGGCACAGGAGUGGUCCACCAGGCACCUUACUUUGGAGCUGAUGAUUUCAGGGUGUGCACUGAAUACAAGAUCAUCGCGAGGGACCAGGCUCCGAUCUGCCCUGUGGACGCCUCGGGCUGCUUCACUUCAGAGGUCACUGACUUCGUGGGACAGUAUGUCAAAGAUGCUGACAAGAAUAUCAUCAAGUGGCUGAAGGAGAAUGGUCGCCUCAUCAAUGCCAGCAGCUUCAAACAUAGUUACCCCUUCUGCUGGAGGUCUGACACGCCCCUGAUCUACAAAGCCGUUCCAAGCUGGUUUGUGCGAGUGGAGCACAUGGUGGAAAAACUACUGGCCAACAACGACAAAUGCUACUGGGUUCCAGAGUUUGUGCGUGAGAAGCGUUUCGGGAAUUGGCUGAGAGACGCACGAGACUGGGCGAUUUCCAGGAACCGUUACUGGGGCACGCCGAUCCCUCUCUGGGUCAGCGACGACUUUGAGGAGGUGGUGUGUAUAGGGUCCAUUGCUGAACUGGAGGAACUGUCCGGAGUCAAAGUAACUGAUCUGCAUCGGGAGAGCAUCGAUGGUCUGACCAUCCCGUCCCGCUGUGGUAAGGGGGCACUGCGCAGGAUCGCAGAGGUGUUCGACUGCUGGUUUGAGAGCGGCAGCAUGCCGUACGCCCAGGCCCACUACCCCUUUGAAAACAGGAAGGAGUUCGAGGACACUUUCCCAGCGGACUUCAUCGCCGAAGGCAUUGACCAAACGAGGGGGUGGUUUUACACCCUGUUGGUGCUCUCCACAGCGCUGUUCGGAAAACCGCCCUUCAAGAAUGUCAUCGUUAACGGACUGGUCCUUGCUAGCGAUGGACAGAAGAUGAGCAAGCGCAAGAAGAACUACCCGGAUCCAGGCCUGGUAGUGCAGCAAUAUGGAGCCGAUGCCCUCAGACUGUACCUCAUCAACUCUCCUGUAGUGAGAGCAGAGAAUCUGCGUUUCAAAGAGGAGGGUGUGCGUGACGUGUUGAAGGAUGUCUUCCUGCCGUGGUAUAACGCCUACCGCUUCCUGGUGCAGAACGUACAGCGGUUACAGAAGGAGGAUGACAUUCAGUUCCUGUACAAUGAAAACACGGCAAAGCAGAGCGACAACAUCAUGGACAAAUGGGUUCUGUCCUUCACACAGUCCCUCAUCCAGUUCUUCAAGGCUGAGAUGGACGCAUACCGCCUGUACACUGUCGUGCCUCGCCUGGUCAAGUUUGUGGACAUGCUCACCAACUGGUAUGUGAGGACCAACAGACGCCGACUGAAGGGAGAGAGUGGCACUGAGGACUGCCUGUGGGCGCUGGAAACCCUCUUCAGUGUUCUGUUCUCCAUGUGCAGGCUGAUGGCUCCUUUCACACCCUUCAUUACAGAGAUGAUGUACCAAAACCUGCGUCACCUCAUUGACCCGGCCUCUGUGGAGGAGAAGGACAGCAGCAGCAUCCACUAUCUCAUGCUGCCCCAAGUCAGGGAGAGUGUGAUUGACAAGCGCAUUGAGAGUGCCGUCUGUCAGAUGCAGUCUGUGAUCGAGCUGGGCCGAGUGAUCCGGGACAGGAGGACCCUUCCCGUUAAGUACCCAUUAAAGGAGGUGGUGGUUAUCCACCAGGACCCAGAGGCUUUGAAAGACAUCCAGUCCCUGCAGAAAUACAUCCUGGAAGAGCUUAAUGUCCGACAGUUGACGCUGUCUACGGACAAAGACAAGUACGGCAUCCGUCUGAGAGCCGAGCCCGACCACAUGGUGCUGGGCAAGAGACUGAAGGCGGCCUUCAAAUCCAUCACCGCCUCUAUCAAAGAGCUCAGCAACGAACAGCUGGAGGCCUUCCAGAAGACAGGAUCCAUCACGGUGGACGGCCAUGAGCUUCAUGAGGACGAUCUGAGGCUCAUGUACACCUUCGACCAGAGCUCUGGCUCCGCAACACAGUAUGAAGCGCACUCUGAUGCACAGGUCCUGGUGCUGCUGGACGUCAGCCCCGACCAAUCCAUGAUGGAUGAAGGCGUCGCCCGUGAGGUCAUCAACCGCAUUCAGAAACUACGCAAGAAGGGUCAUUUGGUGCCUUCCGAUGAAAUAACUGUGUACUACCGCUGCCAGCCAGAGGGGCAGUACCUGGGCUCUGUGAUCCAGGCGCACACUGACUUCAUCCUGGCCACCACCAAGGCUCCCAUGAUGCCCUUCCCGGUCCCUAAGAAUGCCACUGUCAUUAUAGAAGAAAAGACUCAGCUGAAGGGAUCAGACCUGGAGUUAACCAUAGUGAAGGGUUCUUCAGCCCCUCACGCUCCUCUAAAUGGACCAGCUUGCAGCUACGUGAACAUCAGGGUGAAGGUCAACAACAAAGAACAAGAGGGGGUGGUGCUGUUGGAGAACCCCAAAGGGGAUAACAGACAAGACUUGGACAAGCUGAAGAAAGUGUGCAGCAGCAUCUUUGGAACCAAUAACACCCAGCUCAGAUUCUUCAAUAGUGGCACUGAGUUGACGAGCAAAAUAGACCUUCAGGCGUUGAGCGGUAAAACUUUGUCAGUGACAACAGGCUCCGCCCCUGGCCCCGCCCCCACCACUGACUCCCUCCUCUGUCCUUACAUCAACCUCCUGCUCUGCAAUGCACAACCAGCUGAGUGCCAGACAGGAGAGGUGGGCACCCUCCUGCUGCUGAACCCAGUGGGCCAGAAUGGGCUGGACUUCUCGGGCCUGUUGUCUGAGGCUGGGAAGGUGUUCGGCCUCCGCAGCAGACGGAUCAAACUCUACCUGGACGAGGACCUGACCCAGGAGUUGCCAGCUGAUUCAUCAGUCAAAUUUCUCGACACCAAAACUCUGUUUGUGAGAGUUCUUCCUACAACUGCCGAAGCAUAAAUCCAGGGAUGACAUCUUUAGGCACAUUUAUCACAGAUGGCCCAUUUAUCACAGAUGGCCCACAGGUUCCCUGAAAUAAGUUUUUUUUACCACCAACCGCCCCUUUGAUGAUAUGCUAUUUGUUUAAAUCCCUUUGUGGGAAUCCUGAUGCAAAGCAGUCUUGUCUGUCAAGUUCACAACUGUUAAUCCAUGGAGUCACCCAUGUCUUGAAAUGUCUUGAGACGAAUUUAAGCAAAACAUAAGCGUGCCUCAAGAGAUCACAGGAUCUUCAUGUGUUUUAAAGCAUUCCAAGAUGUGAUGAUCGCUCUAAUGAAUCAUCGUUUUUAGCAGUUUCUUUCCCCCGUACUGUUUUUAAUUUGUCACCAAUUAUAAGUGACAGUUUUCUAAGAAAGCACAGUGUGUUGCUAGGCUAUAUUUAUUCUGGACAGAGAAUAGAUUUACAUAAAUUCUACACUAGAAAGUGGAUGCAAUUCAAGAACAGAAUAAUUGUUCAUACAUAACAGCUAAAUGGUGCCGCUGGAUGGAUCUAAGCGUGGUCAUGGAAACUGGAAAUUGUGUGAUGAAAGGAACACCUGACAUUAAACUACCCAGAAAGAAAUGCCAAGGGUUCAUUUACCUCAGAUUUUAUUGAGUCUUGUUUUUAAAUCUCUUCUUAGAAAUUAAAAUCCCAGGGAACUGUCUAGCUGUCAAUAUAACCAAUGGACGUUUUUUGUCUUUAUUAUGUUAAUGACAACAAUUAUGCAAACUACUUCUCUAAAAGGCUUACUUGAGGUGAGCUUAGUCCAGGGUAAUUAUUGCUUUGGCUCAUCACCGGGGAACCAAUUUGGCCUAUUGUACUCUCACACAAUUUUGAAUUUGACAGAUAAGACUAUUCUGUUCACUGCAUUUGGAAUCCUUUGACAAUUAUAGGGAUUUCAAAGGUGAAAUUAAUUUGCUGGCUGCUGUACCAUAAGGACAAAAGGAUUCUCUCAUAAAAAGAGCAACACAUGGAUAAUAUACUAUGUAAAGUAACAAAUGGAAUAAAUCAAAGGUGACUAAGAAUCAA